AUAGCGGAAAAAAAUAAUAUUUAAUAAUUUUAAAAAAAAAUUCGAAAAAUGGAGCUUUUUUCUCUGCAAUUUUUGACUCCUCCUCUGAGACUGAGAAGAGCUUCUUUGUGUUUGGUGGGAAGAGGCGAAGUUCAUAAACCCAACUCGCUUUUCGGGGAAGCUGUGGCUUUUCCGCGCAGAAGCACGAGGUGCCCAGAUGGGAAAAAUCAUAGCUUUUUCCAUUCAAAUUCUGCAUCUGUGAAAGCAUCAUCUGGAUCCACGCUGCCGAGCACGUCAGCAGCAACUAAACAGGAAAUGAGUUCGAAAGAAAAAGAAGUCGUAUUUGUUGCUGGUUCCACUGGCAGAGUAGGUUCGCGGACUGUAAGAGAGCUUAUUAGACUUGGUUUUCGAGUCCGAGCCGGCGUCAGAAGUUCUCAGAGAGCGGAGCCCCUCGUGCAAAGCGUUCGAAAUAUGAAUUUAGAUUCAGGAACCCCACCUGUAGAAAAGCUUGAAAUUGUCGAAUGCGACUUGGAAAACGAAGGUGGGAUAGUACCAGCUAUAGCCAAUGCUUCCGUAGUUAUAUGCUGCAUUGGAGCUAGUGAAAAGGAGGUUUUUGAUGUAACAGGACCGUAUCGCAUCGAUUAUAAGGCUACAAAGAACCUUAUUGAUGCAGCAACUACCGCAAAAGUCGAUCACUUCAUUUUGCUUACAUCCUUGGGGACGAGCAAGAUCGGCUUUCCUGCAGCCAUUUUGAACUUGUUUUGGGGAGUUCUGAUUUGGAAAAGAAAAGCCGAAGAAGCGCUAAUUGCGAGUGGUCUUCCUUUCACAAUAGUAAGACCUGGAGGAAUGGAGCGGCCAACGGAUUCUUAUAAGGAAACCCACAACCUCGUACUUGCAGACGAGGACACCUUUUUCGGUGGUCAAGUCUCAAACCUUCAGGUUGCGGAGCUCAUGGCGUGUAUGGCGAAAAAUAGACGGCUAUCAUUCUGUAAAGUGGUCGAAGUGAUUGCUGAGACGACUGCGCCGCUACUACCGAUGGAAGAGCUUCUUGCCAAAAUUCCUUCGAAACGGGCGCUGCCAGCUGAACUGGAGCUGAAUUUUGCGCUUUCUUCUGCCGAAGAGAUUGUCAAGGAGAAGCCUAAGGACAGGCCGCUGUCUCCUUAUACGGUGUACGAUGAUCUAAAGCCGCCGACCUCUCCUACGCCUACUAAACCAAGCACGUCAGCUGCGCACGAUCCAGGCUAUAAAGCAAAGCCUCUCUCUCCGUAUACAGCACAAGACGGUUUGAAGCCGCCUUCAUCACCGUCUCCUCCCAACUCACCUUCUACCGCGGAUGGCAGUCCUCAGACUAUAACUGCGAAAGAGUCAGAGCCUGCAAAACAGCGGCCUCUCUCGCCGUACACCAUGUACGAGGAUUUGAAGCCGCCAUCAUCGCCAGUGCCGUCUGUGCCAAAGUUCUAGUCCAGAUGCAGAUCACCGGCGUGUGCCAUGCGAGAAAUCGGAAUUCAAAAUCGGAAUUCACAGGAUAGAUGUUGGUAAUAUAUAAAUAUAUACAUGUAUGGUCUGUAAAAUUUCGAACAUAACAGCGAGAUUGCUCACGAAUGCUUGGGGAAAAAUUGUUACAUGUUUCAUUGUAAAAGUAUUUUAUUUAAAUUUAAA